UUGACUUUCGUGCAUAGCACGUGUGUUUUAUUUUGAUUUAUAGUAUUUGGAUAAAUAUGUUAGAAAGUACAAAUUUAUAAAUUUGCGAAUAAAAUAAUCUCGGAAUAGUUCAUAGAUUUAUUCGAAAUGAACUUAGUUACAGUUUAUAUUUUAAUUGGCAUUUAAAUCUAAACUUAAUAUUCGGUAUUUUAAGGCAUUAAUAUUAUAAUUAAACAUUAAAAUAUAUAUUGUGCUAGAUAGUAGUUGUAAAUAUAAGACUUGGUAGUUUGUUAACAUGUAUAUAAAACUUCAUAAGGUAAUUAAUUUUAGUACUAUUAAUUUUCAAUCAAAAAGGAGUAUUUUUAACUCUCCAAGAAUUUUUUCAACAUUAAAGACAUCUACAAGUAUUGGGGAAGACAUUGUAAUAGGAAAUAUUAGUUAUAAAAAAGAUAAUUGGACUAAUGUUUCAGCUCAUCUACUUUCUUUUGUUGGAAAGAAUAUUUUUUUACAAAAGCAUCACCCAUUAUCUUUAUUAAGACAAAGAAUUGUUAAUUUUAUGUAUAAAAGAUAUGUUAACCGUUCAAGAAAUCCGCUGUUUUCUGUAUACGACCAUUUAAGCCCAGUUGUGACAUUAGAACAAAAUUUUGAUAGUUUGUUAGUUCCUAAAGAUCAUGUUAGUCGUAAGAUUAGUGACAGUUAUUACAUAAAUUCAAAAUAUAUGUUGAGAGCGCAUACUUCGGCACAUCAAAGAGAUUUAAUUUUAAGCGGUUUAGAUAAUUUUUUAGUUAUUGGUGAUGUUUAUAGACGUGAUGAAAUAGACUCGUCUCAUUAUCCCGUUUUUCAUCAAAUAGAAGGAGUUCGCUUAUUACUUCCACAAGAUUUGUUUAAAAAUCAAGAAAAUCCUGACAAUUUAUCUCUUUUUGAAAAUGGCAAAAGAUGUUCAAGGAAACAAGAAUGUCACACACUAGAAGCCACAUUGUUAAUGGAACAAGAAUUGAAAAAUUGCCUUACUAUUUCUGGUGCCAGCGAAAAAAUUGGUUGGGCUUUUGGACUUGGAUUAGAACGUUUGGCAAUGAAAUUAUAUAGUAUUCCUGAUAUUCGUUUAUUUUGGAGUACCGAUUCUGGAUUUUUGUCUCAGUUUCAAGUUUCUUUUGAUACCUCUGUAACAUACAAACCUGUAAGUAUUUUUCCCCAAUGUACCAAUGAUAUAUCUUUCUGGAUACCAAAUGAAUUUGAACCAAACGACUUUUUUGAACUUGUAAGAAGCAUUGGUGGAGAUUUAAUAGAACAGGUAUAUCUAAUUGAUGAGUUUUUUCACAAAAAGAAGCAACAGACAAGUCAUUGCUAUAGGAUAGUAUAUAGACACAUGGAAAGAACUCUUCGUCAAGAUGAAGUCAAUGCUGUACAUCAGGAAAUUGAAAACCAGGCUGAAAAAUUAUUAAACGUCGUUGUACGUUGAAUAAAUUGCUUGUAGCAUUUAAAUAAAUAAAAUAAAAAGAUAACGUA